GUUCAGUCAAAGUCAGAGCCAUGAAGGAAGCAGCUGCUCAGCGUCUGAUCUUUCUGAUCUCACUGCUGUUCUGGACAUCAGGUCAAGUCCUCCCAGUUCGUCUGACUGUGAGUCCCAGCAGAUCUCAGUUCUUUAGAGGAGAAUCAGUGACUCUGAUCUGUGAGGAUGAAAACAGCUCUGAUGGAGGAACUGUGAGGAGAAACACAACCAGGAAACUGUCUGAGUGUAAAGAUGGAUGGGGAGAAGCUGAUGGUUCCUCCUGUAACAUGACCUACAUCAUGCCAGAUGAUACUGGCCUGUACUGGUGUGAGUCCAUGUCUGGAUCCUCCAGCAGCAGCAGCAGCAUCCAGCUCUCUGUCUCUGGUGGAUCAGUGAUCCUGCAGAGUCCUGUCCUCCCUGUGAUGGAGGGAGAUGACGUCACUCUGAGCUGCAGAGCAAAGAGUCCAGCCCACAACCUCCCAGCUGCUUUCUAUAAAGAUGGCUCCUUCAUUGGUGAUGGACCAUCAGGUCCCAUGACCCUCCUCCAUGGCUCCAGCUCUGAUGAAGGCCUCUAUAAGUGCAGCAUCAGCGGUCAGGGAGAGUCUCCAUCCAGCUGGAUCUCUGUGGAAGAGAAACCAUCAACCACAUCGUCCCCAUCAACUCCUCCUCCUCCAUCAUCAUCAUCAUCUUCAUCUUCCUCCCAGUUUCUCCUCUAUGGUCUCUCGUCUCUAUCAGCUGGUUUUGUUCUGGUUCUACUGGUUUUACUGGUUCUGCUGGUCAAACGUCACAUUAAGAGGAAAUCUAAAGGUCUCCAGGAGGUUGAAGAGAACAGAUUAACUCACACUGAUGUUAAAAUAUCACAGCAGGAAGAAAAGAGAAACAAAUCAAAUGAAGCUCUGAGGCGGCGCUGCUUCACGGCUGUUCUGUACGCCACCAGGACAGAAGAAGAAGAAAAACUUUGAUGCUGAAACUCCUGGAUCCACUGACAGCAGGGAGAAAACAUCAGUUAUACUCUGAUAGCUUUCUGUUAUAAACUGGAAACAUUAUAAAGAUGUUCAUUCAGAAGAAUCUGAUUUAUGAUCAUUACAAUAAAUGAAAGCAGAAUAAAAUCAACUUCAGGUCCAGAAAAAUGUCCAUCUGAAUGUUUUAGUUUCUUCUCUGUAAAACCUCAUGAAUGUAUUUAAUGUUUCAUUCUCAUGUUUCCAGUCACUGUUUUUAUUUUAAAUGUCUGAACUGUUAAAACUUCAGCAGCUUCAGCCUGAACAUGAAGUUCCUGUCUGUCUGUCUGUCUGUCUGUCUGUCUGUCUGUCUGUCUGUCUGUGGCUCAGCAGUGGAAACUUUUCUUCAAUGCAACAUGUUUAGGAAACUAAAACCAAACCUCAGAAUUAACCUGUUAAUCCCUCA